CGUUUGCUCGUGCCUCCGCAAAUGUUCCGCGGGUUACACACGCCCCUCUCCGCCCCUCCGCUCCGCUUCCAGUGCCUCCAUCCUCCCGCGCCCGAGAGGAACAAAUAUCUGUUGGCACCCCGGGCAAGGCUCGCUCGUAGCGAGCGCGUCCCCGAUGGACUUCCAGCGUGUGACCUCCGCGAUCGCCGGGCGGAGGACAGUUGGGAGCUGCAGCCGGAACGCUCCAAGCGGAGAGCCCCGCCGAUCCACUCCCAAAUGUUUUCCACACAAUUCUACCGGCUGCCUUACGAGGGAGGAAGCCUACCGACGGAGGAAUGACAUGCACGAAUAAAAAGUGGACACCAUUUAGGCGGGAUUCUGCGUUUGAUUGGCGGUGGGAUCAUUUGUGAUUAUCCUCCGGGCUUGGAAGUUGUUCCCUGGAGGGGAAGCGGCUGUCAAAAUGGCUUCGGGCCCCGGGAAAGCUCUACAGACCCCCGGCCCGGGGUCUGCCGUUAACGGGAAUGCGGCAGAGUUCCAGAACGUCGAGCAGGAGCAGUGCGACUUUCAGAUGCACAACAAGAUGUGCAAGAAGAUCGCUCAGCUCACCAAGGUGAUUUAUUCCCUCAACAUGAAGAACGAGGAACAGGAGGCGGCCCUGCAGUCCUUGAACCACGCCCAUGACAAGGAGCUGCACCGCAUCUUGAUGGAGACGUGUCAAGAGGGGGAGGGCUCAGUGCUCAGGACGCGACUCCUCCAGCUGCAGGAGUCUCUGGAUGAGCAGCAGAGGGUCGGAGCGCAAGUCCAAGCCGACUUUGAGUUCUUUCGCAUGCAGUCAGAGGAGAGGGAGCGUGAAACGGAAGCCGAACUGAGACGAGAUUAUGAGGAGAGGCUCCAGACUGCAGAGGAGGAGCUCGGGGGGGCCAGGUCCAAAAUCAGCGCUGCUCAAGAGGAAAACCUGCGAUUGAGCAAACAACUGGAAGAGGCCGAGGAAAUGAUCCAAGAUCUGAGCACCAAACGCGAGUUGAGGCAGAGACUUGGUGAGGAUGAGAAGAAUGGGACAGAGGAGAAGAAUGAACACGAGGAGUCGGAGAGAGUGAAAGGCCUUUUGGAGGAGGUGAACAUGAUGAAGGAGGACAGGGACCGAAGAGAGGAAGAGCGAAGGCAAGCUGCGGAUGCGGAAAGGGAGCAAUGGCAGCAAAAGUUGAGCCGCCUUGAAGAGGAGAAAGAAGAAAUGAGGAAGACGAUAGAGGCCGAAUGGCGGGAGGAGCAGCGCAGGUGGGAGGAGAAAGAGGAGGAGGAGAAAAAAGGAAUGCACAGUGCUUUAAGAGAACGAGUGAAGAGGGCCGAGGCCGAGGUGGAGAGCCAUCUGGAGAGGCAGGCGGAGAGCAAACGAAACGCAGUCAAACUGCAGGAGCGCAUUCAGAACCUGGAGGAAGAGUUGGAACUGGAUCGGAAACGUGUGUCCGAGGCUGAGGGCACGGCGAAACGGGCAGAGGAGGAGCUCGCUGUGGCCAAAGAGAGGCUACUGCUGCAAGAAGAUGAACUGCAGACCCGAGCGGAAGAGUUACUCAACGUGGGCUGCAAGGUGUGUGUGUGCGCUGACGUGGAGGACCUGAAGAGCCAGCUCAGUCGUCUGCAGAGCAGGAACAGAGAGUUGGAGCUCCAGACCAGCGGCAGGAAUAACGACCACGCCCGCCAGAUCCGCCAGCACGCGGAGGCCCUGUCCACUCUACGUUCCGAGAUGGUGAGGGCUCAGACAGAAGAGCUCCGGCGCAUCCAAAAACACGCAGAUGAGGAGCGGGAUAAAUUGCAGAGGGAGAUGGGCAAGGAGCGAGAGAACCUACAGAGGGAAAGAGAGCAAGAAAAGAGCCAUUUGGAGAAGGAGAGAAACCGACUGCGACGAGAGCGAGACGAGGAGAAGGAGGCGCUGCGGAAGGAGGCCGAGGGAGUCAGAGAACAUGUGAGGAGGGAAAAGGAGGAGGAGGUGGAGCGUCUCCGCAAGGAGCUGGACGUGGAGAGGGUCCGCGUCCGGGCUCAGUUGGACAAGCGCUUGGAGCAGGUGGAGGUGCAGAGAGCGGGUCUGCAGCAGAAGCUGGAGGAGGAGAAGAAACGGCUGGUGGAGAAGGCGGAGGAGGACAGGAGGCGGCUGAAGGAGCAAGUGCGUAAGGCCAUUGAGGAGGUGAUGCGGAGACAUGCGGCUGAACUACACGGCGUCCAAGAAGCUCUGAACUCGGAGAAGAAGAUCAACCAAGAGGUAUGUGCACACCUCGAGGAAGAGAGGAGAAGAAUUGGGGAGCUUCAUGACAGGCUGGAGAGGGAGAGACAAGAAUUUGAGAUUAAACUGAAAGAUGCGGACAAUGAGAUCUUUCGUUUGAAGACGGCCAUGCAUCAUCAAGAAGAAAAGGAGAAAGUAGCGCCGGAGACAUCGCCCCCAUGCGGACCGCACUGCUCCCGUCUUCAGGAGGACCUCCAGCAGACCCAAAGCCGCCUGACUCGGAUGCAGGAUGAGGCGGAGAAGCAGCGGGAAAGACAACAGAGAGACAUCGCUUCCCUCAAGGCGGACAAACACCGGCUAGAGGAGAAAGUUUUGGAACAGAGUCGGCUGAACACGGAGAGGAACCUUUUGGAACAGAGCCAGCGCAACACCGAGGAACGUAUCAGGGCUGAGUGUGAAGAUCGCCUUCGAGCAGAGUUCCGGAUCGAGAUGAAUGCUGCCGUCGCCGAGAGCGAGCAGAGGUGGCAGAACCAGGAGCAGGAGUUGAACACCCAAAUCGCUGAGCUGCAGAGUCAGCUGGAUGAGCUGCAGACAGAGGCAAACAAGGAGGCGCCUGAAGCCGAUUCCCACGGCAACGUUGAGCUCGACAAGCUCAGAAAGGAGGUGCUGGAGACAAAGGAAAUAAACAAGAAGCUGAGGGAGCUGCUGCAGGAACCACAAAGCCAGUGCUUAGCUGAGGAGAGGCACAGUCACACCGUGCAGCUGCAAGCCUUGGAGAGGCAAGCCAAGGAAGAUGUACUGUCUGAGAGGAACCGACUACAGACCAUGCACCACCUGGAGUUAGAUAAACAGCGUGCAGAGUUGACCCAGCAGCACACGGAGUGGAGCAGACAGAUGACCCAGAGACACAUGCAGCAGAUUGAAGACCUUCAGGCCCAACUGCAAGCUCACACGCAGAUGAUGGCACUGCAGCAGGACCUGAAGCAGCAGAACCAGAACCAGGUGUUUGAGCGGCAGCUGGAUGAGAGUCGCUGCGCCAUGCUGGAGCUGCAGCGAGAGAAUGCAGCACUCAAGAAGCAAUUACAGGAGAACCAUCUAUCUCCUCACAGGUCAAUUCAGGUGAACCCCAAAAUCGAAGCAAAAGAAGAGGAGAGCACAACUUUGCAAGAAAAACGAGAUGCCCAUCUGGAAGAAGAAGCGCAACGCUUGAAGGAGGAGGUGGAGAAACUGAGGGUGGAGAUGGAGAAACUGGAAGAGUCACAAAAACUGUGGGAGGAGAGGAAGGAAGACGAUGACAAGGAGGAGGAGGGGGAGCAGGAGAAAAAGAAGAAGCCCGAGAAUGGGGACGAGAGGAGGAGAAAAGAGUUGGAAGAGAUCAGGAAGGAGCACAAGAGGGAGAUUCAGAAUUUGGUGUCUGAAUACAGCGACGCUCAGAUGCAACUGCAGGCUCGCAUCGUAGCCCUGGAGAAUGACAUACGCGACGAUGGUUGCACCAGGUUGCGCGAACGGGAGGAGCGAUGCAGGAGGAGAGAACCGCGAUGCGACGACCUCCAGUUAGGGAAACUUCAGGAGAGGCUGACGGAACGAGACCAGCUCAUUAAACGACUAGUGGAAGAACGGCAUCAGCUGCAGCUACACCCCCCUGCUGUCGGGGAGAACAGCGGCCUCAGGCUCCGCGAGAACAAGUCCCGCCCUGGGAGCACCACGCCAACCAUGAGGAGAAAGCACGUGGAGUCUUCUCCUCGUGGGAGCAACAUCUCCUGCUCCGGCGCUUAUGACCGCCUCCCCCCCUACUCGUCGUCGUCCUUCUCCUCCACGUUGCCCCACCAGUCCACCUCCCACCCUCACACGUCUCCCCACUACUCCACCUCGUCUCUUCCACACAAGCACACCUCGCUGUCUUUCAGCCAACAUUCCCCGCCGCCCCUGCCUCGCUCGCCCAGAUCCCGAAGCUCCUGCAUUCCUCCCACGCCGGCGCCCACCGCGCCGCUGCCCGUCUGCCCUUCGCCGCAGACAGGCAUUCGCUACGUGUCGCCCUCCUGCCAGGAGCCAUAUGCGUACUUGCAGGCGCAGUCAAUCAGGGGGGCUUACACGGAGCACAGAGGCACCGAGGGGCUAAAACAAGAGUGGUUCACCAAAUACUUCUCCUUUUGAGCACAAACACAACCUUCCCAACAGUUCAUUGCUUCUGCUCCACAUACUGGAUGCGCGUCCCCACAUUCACACAAACGCUGGACUGGGAGCUCCGCCGAUUUUCCGCAUCGUCAAAGACAAGGAAGAGGCUAUAAAAGUGUAUCGUCAUGCGGAUGCGAUGAAACGGCGAUGCCAUCGGAUCACUGCUCGGAGCUCCAUGCCAAGAGACACUCCAGGCGCACCGUUGGUAAUGUCGUACUGUGAAACAAGGGUGCAUGGAUUUAAAGGAAACUAUGUUUAUCUGGUUCUGUUGCAUUGAUGUGAAUCCUUUUCGCUGAGUGGUGUGAAAAUCAGUGGAGUGCUCUUAACAACAGACUUGUGGGCUCAUCACCAGCAAGGCCAUCUCUCCAACAUUGCCUCAAAGCUCAACCAAAAAGUGCUUCUCAAAACACAUGCCUGACCUCUUCUCGGCCUCCUGGAUCUUGUUUGUCUAGUCUGAAAUGUCUCCAUGUGUGCGUGUGUUUUUUUUAAACAGUCUUCCUUUUUCAGUGCAGCAUUUGCUUCAAUAAGACCACAUGGUUACCAAAGGCAACUCUCUGGAUGUCUUCAACCAAGUGUCACUUCUACUAUGGAGGCAUUUGAUGUAUCCAAUCAAGAUCCUCAUUAAUAAGGACACACACUUUUCACUUCCCAUAUCAAAAUGAAGCUUGUUUUGAUGCAAAAAUGUACAAUAGUCUUAAUGAACAAAUUGAAUAAAUAUUUUGUUUUUGUA